UCCCACCCAUUUGUCAAUGAAAUCUGUCCACUAAACAUCAAUAGUUCAUGCAGGGAGGGGUGCUGUGCAGAACCCAGAUGCCCAAGGUCCUGUAGGGGCAAGUUCUCUGAGCUAGGCCUCCUGUGAUACCCAGUGGGCAUACUCAGCUCCUCUUGGAUGGAGCUGUGUAAUGCCAGGAGGGCUCAGAAACAUUAUGCUGUAUAAUUUUUUUGUGCCGUAUAAUUUUAUUUCAUUACUCUAAGGGCAAGGUCAGUAGGUGACCAUAGGUGGUCUUUUACAGAUUCUCUGGAUGUAAUUCUCACAACCUGCCUGUGGGGAGAGGCUGAGUUUUAAGGGGCUUCCCAGGAAGCUCUCCCCUGGAAACACCUUUGUUCUAGGGCUCACCUUCCUGGUUAGCUGGCUCCCAAGCCUUCACUGUGCUGCAGGGUAGACCUGGUUGAAUCUUGUGGUAUACCUGUUCCUCCUCAAAUAACCACUGAGCUAGCCCCAACUCCAUUACAUAUUAUGGUUAUAUUGGGUUGACCAGUGUAAUCAUAAAAAAUAUUUUUUGAGGCAGGAUCUAAAUUCCCCAGGUUGGCCACUCAGCUAUCUUACAGCAGAGACCUCAUCUCUCAAGGCAAUCUAGCUGGUAAGCCGAGUUGACAAACUUCCCACACAAUUGCUUGGGAGUUUCAGAUGUUGUACGCCAGCAGCUAGCAGCCAAGGAGGGGGUUCCCAGGAAUCAGAAGAAACUAGAAUAAACACAUCCAGUUCAGGACUGAAUGAUUAUAUCAUGGUAUAUGGAAACAAAACUAACUCCACAUACAAUUCAAUUUAAAAGCCGUUAACUGCUGCGUAUGGUAGCCCAUGCCCUUAAUCUCAGCAGACAGGAGGAAGAAGCUGGAGGAUAUCUGAGUGAUCUCCAGGCCAGCCGGGGAUAGUUGUUGUUUGGUUUGGUUUUGAGACCCUGUUCCCCCAAAACAAACAAACAAAUAAAGCCAUUAACUUAUUUUUAAAAAGCUUUUUUCCCAAAAAUUAAUAUAGGUCAAUUUGUCUAACUGCAGCCUCCAAAUUAAAGGUUGAGUGUGUCCCAUUGUCUCAGAAACCUCCAUCCUCAUUUGGAGUACUGUUAUCUAAGACUGUUAGUGAGGGGGUAAUCACAUGAUUACCUCCUCUGAACGCUUGCCCACCCCAUGGGUCUAUUGCCCCCACAAUAUCCCGGGAGCUUAAGAGGUUGUAACAGAGGCCAUACUGGGUCUUCCUCACCCAACACUGUCUCCCACCGGGAUCGUCUGGAACAGCCACCUAGGCUUUCUCCGCCCUAGGGCGACGCUUACAGUGUUGCUUUGGGAACAGCAAGGGCUGUGCACUGGCUGUUACCUAGGCGACACACGGAGCGACGAUACCUUCUGGAGCUGAGCGCCAGCUCUAAUUGGUCGGGACACCUCACCAGCCAAUAGAAACCAGGUCCUCUAUGCACAUGCGCAAGGAGGUUAUCCCGCAGUCCGGUCCUCAGUGGGUGAGUCCUUCGGUUGGGGUGCAAACAGAACGGUUGCCAAAUCAAAAGAGGGUACCCCCGGAACUCUGCGGCGGCACCGCGGGCUCAAGGACAGAAACGAAACGUCUCGCGCGUGAGAGGCCUUGGAAACGCGCUGUCGUCCUUGCUGAGGCUCACGGGAGACGUAGUCCGAGCGGAGGGGGCCGUGCCUGUGGAGCAGGCUCAGGAUUGGCCAGACCGGUCCCUCUUGUCAGCUCCCAAAGACCCUUCAAAACAAGAAUGUCAUCUCCUCUGGGUCCCUCACACGUAUCCCUCAGGGACCCCAACACCGCCAUCGAGGAGCCUGAGGCUGCACGACUCCGAUUCCGGGGUUUCUGCUAUGAGGAGGUAGAGGGGCCCCGAGAGGCGCUGUCCCGGCUUCGAGAGUUCUGUCACCAAUGGCUGCACCCUGAGUCAUGCUCUAAAGAGCAGAUGAUAGAGCUGCUGGUUUUGGAGCAGUUCCUUGGUGUGUUGCCCUCUGAGAUCCAGGCCUGGGUGCGAGGGCAGCAGCCAAGAAGCCCUGAGGAGGCUGCAGCCCUGGUUGAGGAGCUGCAGCAUGAUCCUGGGCAGCUGCUGAGCUGGAUCACAGCCCACAUCCUGAAGCCAAAGGUGCCUCUUACAGUCCAGAAGACAAAGGAGUCUUCAGAGAGCCACCACCUCUCAGCAGCAACAGAGUCCUCUGAGGCAGGCCCUGCAGGGGCAGCACAGGAUGUGGGGUUAGACAGAGCUACCCAGAUCAAUUGCGGUGUGAAGGAGGAAGCCAAUGCUGAUGGACAGGAGAUCGUAUCCCCAAGCCCUCUCCUUCCAGCCCAGAAGCCUGAGGGACAUCUUGAACACCAGGAACCAGCCUCCACAGCCUUCCAUCCAGGAAGGAUCCAGAAGGAGUGGGGCCUGUUGGACUCAUCACAAAAAGAGCUGUACUGGGGUGUGAUGCUGGAGAAGUACGGCACAGUGGUGUCCCAGGCAAGCCUGCCACUGUUAGAGCCAGAUGUGCAAGUUGAGUCUGAGCUGAGGCCAGCUCAUGCCACAGGACCAGAGUCCCUCAGGAGACAUCUCCCAGAAGUGGGAGCCAUUGCAAGCCCAGGGCUUGUUCAAGCCUGCACAUCCUCUCCAAGUGAUGAGACCCAGAGCCCUUGCAAGGACCCUUCAGCCUUAUCACCCUCACCACUGCUGGAAGCCCCUGCUAGGCCUGCACCUCGGAAGCUGUAUACUUGUGAGCAGUGUGGCCUCAGCUUUGAUUGGAAGUCUGUUUUCGUCAUCCACCAUCGCACACACCUGGGUGGGUCAGGCCUGGAAAGGCCACAAAAGGUGCACCGGGAGCCAGCCAGUGGGCACUCCACUGGCCUUCGGGGCUAUGCAUGCGUGGAGUGUGGGCGCAGCUUCAGCUGGAAGUCACAGCUGGUCAUCCACCGCAAGAGUCAUGCAGGCCGGCGGCGCCACUUCUGCCGGGACUGUGGGUGCAGUUUUGACUGGAAGUUUCAGCUGAUCAUUCAUAGGAAGAUCCAUCAGCCCUCCAGCCAAGAGGAGGGCUCUGGGGCACCCCAAGUGAGUCAGGAACCCCAAGAAGAUCCCUUGUCCAACGCCAGACCACCCAGCAUGAGAUGAGGCUGUUCACUUUCUGUCCCUUCUUUAUGGAGCCAGGUCAGACGGUACUAAUCCAUGGCUGGGGUCCUGGGGUCCGGCUUCGGCAAGGGAAGAGAGCUCCCUGCUUCGUAAUUCUCAGAAAUUGCCUUAGGUUCCUCCUUGCAGUGACCAGGAGAAAGAAGUCUCCGUGGAAGGUACAGAAAAACACAGCUGCCUUUUCAUCCUCUUGCAUGUGACCCUCAACUAACGUGCCAGGUUUUUAAUGUAAGUUAUGUCUAUAACUAGAAUUUCUGAGGAAGAAUUCUUUUUUCUUUUCUUUUUUUUU